UGCAUCAAUGUUGUUAUCCGUUUAACUGUUUCAAAAUGAAAAUUCAAAACAAAAUGGCUUCCUAAUAACACUGGAGAAAAGAAAGAUUGUUUAUAGAAUGUGAUGAAGAAGCGCGCUUUCUAGCGAUGUGGAUGAUUUGGGUUGCUGUCCUCUGCAUUUUAAAGAUCUAUUGUGCAGAGGCGGCAUGUACAUUUCCGUCCCAGCUGACCGGUAUAUGGCAUGGAAGUGAUAUUGGUCAAGCAGUAUUUACCAGUUCACAGUUCACACUGUCCAAUAAACUUAUGAAAAUAGACUCGAAUACACAAAUCAUGUCACAAUUUAAUGCCGUGACUUUCAACUGUGAAGAUACUCUAGGAAACAUCUUAUAUAUCAAAUCAGAUGAAUUCACCCAAUACUUUGCACAAUUCCGUAUCACCAUGUGUUGGAAUAUAGAAUCAUCAGAAUCAUCCAAAAUUGUGUAUAACAGCGCCCAAUCUGUAAUGCUUAAUACAACCAAUGCUAGAUUCAAACUUAAGUCAGCCACAGCAACCUUUUCUAUAGCAACAGACUGUGUACUCAAUGGUCCAUAUGAUGCCUCUGCCAUACGAGUCCUCGUAAAAGAUGGAAGUGUGUCUUCGGCAUCAAUAUCAUGUCCUUCGGAUUUCCUCGGCAAAUUUACCUACGAGUUUGAUGCGGGUAGUGCGACCCAGUGCACCAGUAGCAGUUAUAUGGAAUCAUGUAUAGAAGAAAGCCAGAUUGUCUAUAAUUAUACAUUAUGUUCAGCUAUCCAAGCAUAUUCAUCGGAGGGCACUCUUAAUUGUGUGUACUACGUCGCAACUGAAAACAGCACGUAUGUAACUGUUUACAAUUCAGACAGUUCCGUACCUGAUGAGUUAACAACAUUCAGAUUUUCAUGUUACUCGAUAUCUUCUAUAAGUAAUGCAACAGCCACUGCGACACAGUAUCCACAGGCCUGUAUGAAGAACCAAGUCUCGACUGCUUACGCAACUCAUGGAGGCUUAUUAACCCUUACUCAGACAUGUAAGUCUGUUAUAACUCCAGAAAACAUAUUCAGUGCUGCAACAGUAGUUUCUAUUUGUGUUGUCAUUUUACUUAUGAUUGGAGUGUUUUCCAUUGUGUUUUAUUGUUGGAAAAAGAAGAAACAGUUGAAAAAGGUCAGACCAGAUUCACUGACAGUAAAAGCACCACCUAUAGACCAUUUCGAUAGAGUGGGUUCUUCAAUGAGUCGUUGCGGAGCCGUUUCGCCGUAUUCGCCAUAUCCUACGUUAAGUGAAAUCGCCGUCUUUCGAUUUGGUCCUUCGCCGAUACCUGAUUGCGACGGAGGGACAACUCUUGGUGGUACGAUUGCUCCUGGAUUACCGGAAGAAGAUAUUGCACAUGCUAUUCGGCAAAGAUUCCAAUAUGAAAUGGAUUUAGAAUCAGAAACAGAAACAUCUGGUCAUACACGUCCUGUUAAUCAAGGGGAUCCAGACAACAUAAGUUUGCCAAUGUACAGCGAAAAUGGUAUGAACACACCGGAACCAACAAGAAUUCGUGAUAUAUUUGACCAACUGGGAAACACUACAAAUGAAUAUGAACCUGAUACUAUGCCACAAGACGGAAGUUUUACUCCGGAUAAAGGGGAGGUAAUUAAAGAUCACACAAAACAAAAUGGGAGCAUUCCUAAUGAAGAUGACCACCCCAAAGAACGUAUAAAUGAAAUGAAACUUGAAAAAGACGGGACAACUUUAAUGGCUGAAGAUGAACACCACUUCAAUGACGAGUCUACAAAAAUAGAAAACGACACUGAACCGAUUCUAAAUUCUAACUUUGACAAGGAUAAGGAGACAGUAAUAAAAGAUGAUGCAAAACAAAAUGGAAAGAUACCUAACGUAGCAGGUGAAAAAAUUAAAAAAGCGAAAUUUGAAAAAGAUGAGACAAUUUUAGUUGGUGAAAAUGAUAACUUCAUAUAUGAUUCGUCCAAAAUUGAAGAUGACACUGCACCUAUUGUAAUUAACGAUUCAAACUAACCCAUUAUUGCUGUAAAACUCGCCGUGUUAAAACAUUGCUUAGAACAUACAUUUAGUUGCAGACUUUUUGUGUGAUCAUUCCUACUCUAACUAGUCAUUUAUUUUUACAUUUUUCAUAGUCAUAACAGUCAUAUUUAGUUGUGUUUGAAAUUCUUUCUGUACAUAUUUUUUUUGUAAAUAACAGAAUCUUUUUUUCAAAGGAGUAGGUCCGGUAAGAGCCCUUUUUGGCCUCAAAAUAUAGCAGUUUUACAAAAUUCUUAAAAUGUUAACUUUUAGUUAUUUAUUGAACAGUAGAGUGCUUCUGCUUCAUAAAUAUGGGCUAUUUUUGACUAUACAAUGAACAUAUAUCGGGUACUGGCACCUUAAAGUCAUGCUAAAUUACUGAAUUCUUCAAAAUUCUUGCAUUUUAGUUAAAUUUUAGAAGGUUUUCGUGUAAAACGAAAGUGGCCGCAUUCGUGUUCAUCCUUAAUAUUGAAAAGGAAGUUGUAUUUUAUGAUAAUACAUAACAUAUAUAAAGGUUGAGGAUGAACACGGAUGCGGCCACUUUCAUUUUUGACAAAAACCAUCCGAAAAGUGACAUUUUCCGGCAUAUUUUAUUGAUUUUUCAUAUUUGAGCUUGAAUCGGAUCGUUUUUAAUGACUAAAUCAGUUCAAAUCUUUCACAUAAACUAAUUGAUUCAAAUGAAAUAGACACUUUAAAAGUGUUUGAAAAGUGGUCAAAAUCUUUUGUUAGAUGAACCUGAAAUUUGAGGCCAAAAAUCGGUCCUUAUCGGACCUACUCCUUUAUUCUUAUGACAUCUUAAAGUUUCUCCUUUUUUGUAAAAUGGGCAAUUGAAAUUUUAUUUAUUCCUUAAAUAUUGGCUUUGAUAAGUUGAUGACGCAUGUUAUGUACGUAACUUAUAAUGCUUUUCCUUCCUGACCUUCCCAUCAUAUAUAAGUUAUCUUCGUAGUCAUUUAUAAUUCUCCCAUGGUCAUUGGUUAGUGUAAAAGACAGUUUAGAUUGAUUGAUUGAUUGAUUUGUUGAUUUAAAACGUCUCAACUUGCAACAUUACUUGCAUAUACAGAAUAUUAAAAUGUUGUAGACAACCUAUACAUUGAAUCAAUCUCUCAAGUUAACACUACACAGCAAGACAUGCCAGGACACUAUAUUCUGACCCUGAGGAGUCGAUUAUUACCUCAAAAUAAUCCCCAAGACUGUGUAGGUUUUUUUAACAUUAUGUUUCUUCGUGUGUCCUUCGGUGCUUUGGUGUCCGAACGGUCUACGGGGUUAUUAAGCUACUGUAUCAAUAAUCAACACUAAGGAUGAUGCGUUCGACUCAAAUCUUAAAGGACUCGGAUUGUCAGUUUUUCCUCCACCAAGAAAACCGAACUCCACCCUAUAAUCAAUAGUAUUGGAGUCUUGUUACACAAACAAACAACAAAUCAAAUUAUUCAAGAAUGAAUCCUUUGAUUUUCAUUUUCUUUCAGGGUCACGCCGGUACUAUUUUUUGGCAUUUGUGUUUCUUUGAAUUUAAAGACUAACCGAAGAAAUAUUUGAUUAAACAAACCAAUGAAAGACAAACAUAUAAAAAAGACAUCUAGAGAAUUAAAGUAUUUGUUUUUCGUUCAUUUUUAGCUCACCUGGCCCAAAGGGCCAAGUGAGUUUUUCUCAUCACUUGACGUCCGUCGUCCGUCGUCUGUAAACUUUUACAAAAAUCUCCUCCUCUGAAACUACUGGGACAAAUUUAACCAAACUUAGCCACAAUUAUCAAUAGGGUAUCUAGUUUAUAACACUGAUGAUAUAAAAAUAAACUGGUCAAGCAAAUGCCAAAAAAGGAUAUAUUCUGAAUCCAGAUUUUCCCAUACUUUACAGUGUUAUAUAUCGAAGAAAAAAAUAUGAUUGAAAUUUCAAAAACUUAAUUUUAAUCUCGAAAAAAGCAUAAUUCCCUUUA